AUGAAGUCAUUUUCAUGGCUGGUUGUGCUCUCCCCGGCUGCGUUGCCAAUGGUUGCGGGCAAGGGGUUCUGGUCGAGUACUCCAGCCACAUUUCAACAUCUUAUCAAAGAAACGUACCCCGUUGGAAAUGGCAGGCUAGGAGCUAUGCCAUUUGGUCCUCCCGGAGCAGAAAAAGUGGUUCUCAACAUUGACUCGCUUUGGUCCGGUGGCCCAUUCGAAUCAUCUACAUACACUGGCGGAAACCCAACAUCCCCUCUUAAUGAGUACCUUCCGGGAAUUAGAGAUUCAAUCUUCCAGAAAGGCACAGGAAACGUCGAUCAGCUUCUUGGAAAUGGAGACAAUUAUGGAAGCUACCAGGUGUUUGCCAAUUUAUCAGUUGUCAUCAAUGGCGUGAGCUCUGCAACCAGCUACAAUCGGUCUCUCGAUUUCAACACGGGCAUCCACACUACGGCCUAUACUGCAGACAAUGGGAACGAUUAUAAAUCAACUGUGUAUUGUUCCUAUCCCGAUCAGAUUUGUGUCUACAGCCUUUCAUCUAACGCUGCUCUUCCCAAUAUUACCAUUUAUCUGGAGAAUCAGCUUACAUCUGCGCCCUAUUCUGCAUCUUGCGAACGAAAUGACACCUCUGUUAUUCUGUCAGGCGUUACCCAGGCCGGUCCUCCUCAAGGAAUGCAGUACGAAGGGAAAGCCCAAUUAAUAACUGGAACAGGAAAAUCCAUGCUUCAUCGCGGCGCUCACACGAGACCUCUGUGCAGUGGCUCAUCGCUAAUUAUACCAUCCGAUUCUAAAACUCGGACACUUAGUCUCGUAAUUGGUGCUGCUACGAAUUAUGACCAACUGGCUGGCAACGCCGAAAGCAACUUCUCAUUUGCAAUUCCAGGAUCCGAUACAAUUGACACUCAUUCUUUGCUUGAUCCAAUUAUCUCAGCAGUCACGUCACCGGCAGCGUCAAAGGCAGAAAGCACACUCCGACGAGCCCACAUUACAGACUACCAUGACUUGGUGGGCCAAUUCACCUUGGAGCUUCCAGAUUCUGCAGGGUCAUCCGGUCUAGAAACAUCAGUUCUUAUUAGCCAGUAUAACUCUUCCGGCCUAGGCGACCCAUAUCUCGAAUCUACAAUAUUUGCGCUGGGACGCCAUCUCUUUAUCUCCUCUUCGAGAGAUAAUUCCCUCCCUACAAAUCUAGCAGGGAGAUGGAGUGAGACAAUUGGAGCUGCAUGGAGUGCAGACUAUCACUCCAAUAUCAACUUCCAAAUGAAUCAUUGGGGCGCUGAUCAGACUGGACUGGGGCGUCUCCAAGCCUCGACCUGGAACUACAUCCAGAAUACUUGGGUGCCUCGAGGGACCGAAACCGCACAGCUUCUAUAUGGGGCUCCAGGAUGGGUUACGCACGAUGAAAUGAACAUCUUCGGGCACACAGGCAUGAAGGAGGAUGCUCAAUGGGCCAAUUAUCCAGUCGCUGCCGCAUGGAUGAUGCAGCAUGUCUCCGAUCAUUUCUCCUAUUCGCAAAACGUUACCUGGUAUCGAGAUCAAGGAUACCCGCUCCUCAAAGGCGUCGCCCAGUUCUGGCUUUCCCAGCUUCAACCAGACAAAUACUUUAAUGACGGCAGCCUUGUGGUGAACCCAUGCAACUCAGCGGAACAUGGUCCUACUACAUUCGCAUGCACGCACUAUCAGCAACUAAUUCACCAGCUCUUGACCGAUAUCAGGUCAACGGAGGCUUUGCUUCCAGAUACCGAGGAGGAGUUCAUUGCUAACGUCACAACCGCCCUGAAAACUCUCGAUAAUGGCCUGCAUAUCGGUACCUGGGGCCAAGUCAAAGAGUGGAAGAUCCCGGAUUCUUUUGGUUAUGACUUUGAGAACGAUACCCAUCGCCACCUCUCUAAUCUCGUCGGAUGGUACCCUGGUUAUAGUAUGUCCUCCUUCCUUGGGGGAUACACGAACACAACUAUUCAGGAUGCUGUGGCUACAACCCUUUACUCAAGAGGACCAGGAUAUGCCGACGCAAACGCAGGUUGGGAGAAAGUCUGGCGAUCAGCUUGCUGGGCCAGAUUGAAUAAUACCGAUGAGGCUUAUUUUGAGCUCAGAUAUGCGAUUGAUGAGAAUUUUGCCUCGAAUGGCUUGAGUAUGUACAGCGGACAGAAUCCGCCUUUCCAAAUCGAUGCCAACUUCGGGAUUGUGGGAGCAAUGCUAAGCAUGCUGGUUGUGGAUUUGCCGAAUGGCAAUGCAGUGGAGAAUCGGACAGUGGUAUUGGGACCAGCUAUUCCUACGAGAUGGGGCGGUGGGUCUGUUAAAGGACUGCGACUGAGAGGUGGUGGACUAGUCGACUUCACAUGGGACCUAAAUGGGCUUGUUGUAAGUGUGAAUGCAAGCGGAAUAGCCAAAGGUCUUCGGAUUGAGAAUAAGGAGGGGACUAUCCUCGUAGGAUCUCGAUUACGAACUGAGAUACUUUAG